AAAGAAAGAAAACACACCAAAAGGCAAAAAGCCCCCAUUUUGAAAGCAAAAUAUCUUCGUCUUCCUCGUCCCUUCACCGCUAGGGCUUUUUCCUGUUUUCUUCUUAUUAAGGUCAGCUAAAACUCAUCCUUCACUUUGUAUGAUCUCUUCAACGGUUACAAAUUGUUUCACUUGAAAAGCUUUUAAUUUAUUUGUAAGAUGGGCCUCUGUUUUUUCUUUUUUUUUUUUGAAGAAUUUCAAAAAAAAUAUGGAUUGUGGCGUAAUGCAUUUUCUUUCUUGGUGAUUCUGUAAUAUGUUGCUUUUGAAUGACAUAAGAAAAUCAGUGUAACCCAGACAAAAUUGAACAGAAUUUUUGUCUUUAGCACGAAGUUUUUAAAAUUGAAAGUUUAAUCGUUUUUCCCCUUUCCGAAUUUGUUCCGUUAUUGCUCAUAGUUUCUCCCUAAUGCAUCUGGAUUAAUCUGCGAGCUAAUCUUUUCGAUUUAUUUUUCGUUUUGUGGGGAUUUUUUUCAUGAAUUGAAUUGGCCAGUUUGCAAUUCAUUUUCUUGAUGAGUUUGCGGGUUAACUUUUAUGUUUACACAAAAUUUUUGUACUCUUCUGUAAAAAUGUUUGUUUUGAUGACAUUAAGCUUUUCUCCAUUUGGUUUCGAAGAUUUUAAUUAUUGGUUCUUUCUUUCUUUGCCUUAUGUAGAUGUCAGACCUCAGAGAUGAAAGGUCUACAUCACCCCACGGCUCCUUGUCGCCGCGGCCAAGGGAUCGACCUAGAGAUCGUCGGUCAAGAUCAUUGCCAAGGUCUAGGAGGAGUCGUUCUAGGAGCCAUGAUUCUGUUGAUGUUACGAAUCCCGGGAAUAACCUUUAUGUAACUGGCCUCUCCACAAGGGUUGACAAUGGUGAUCUUGAGAAGUUUUUUAACAAAGAAGGGAAGGUUGUUGAGUGCCAGCUUGUGACAGAUCCUCGUACAAAAGAGUCUCGUGGGUUUGCUUUUAUCACUAUGGAAACAAAUGAGGAUGCAGAACGAUGUAUCAAGCACCUCAAUCGUUCUGUGCUUGAAGGUCGUCUGAUUACUGUGGAGAAGAGAUGUUGCCUGGUAAAUUUUUGGCAGCGGGUCUGGUCUGUGUAGCUCCAUCGAAUUCGAAUUCUAAGCCCUAAAGUCUAAAUCGUUGAACCUUAUCACGACUUACAACACGCGCUCUUCACCGACGCUUGAAACUCUUCAAAUCAACUCGAUUAUUUUGCAGAGGGUUGUAUGCCUUCUAUUGCUUUACAUCAUCAAUUCAUCAGUAACAGUUUCUGAUAUAGUAAACAAUACUGGCUGCUUCAGUUUUUCUGGUUUUCCUUCACGUCUGCUUUUAUCUCUGGAGGUUUGUGUCUUGCCCCUAAGCUCAAGAACCGGUUUAUCCAAUUGAGCGGUCUGAAAACUGUUAUAAGAUAGCUUGUUUCCUAUUGUUUAUGUGCUGUUCACUAUUCUUAUUUCGCGUAUGGUUAACUUGUACUUCUCCCAAUUUAAAAGAAAAUAAGAAGUACAAAUUGCUUAAGUUGUAAAAUAUGUUCAUUCUUUUCUUUGAACUUUUUAUAAGAUGAGCAACACUCUAUCGUUUGUACAGUGUAUCCUAUCUGUUCUUUGCGUUCUAUCAUUAUCUAAAGCCUAUAAAAGGCAGAUCAUUUUUUUUUGAUUCGGAAGUUUGACCCGUGUUUUUAUUUCUUGCAUUUUGUGCAUGCUUUUGUUAUUUUGUAGGCUAAAAGGAAACGAGGUCGAACACCCACUCCUGGGCGGUAUCAAGGUCUUCGAGGUCGACGAGGUAUAUUACUUUUCCUGUGUUUGAUUGUGUGUGAUGCGGGGUUUCAUGCUCUUGGACAGUUUUGACAACCUGGUUUAUAUAGGGUAUGGGCCUAGGCGUUCUCGUAGUCGAUCGCCUCAUCAACGCUACAGAGAACCCUAUCGUAGGGACCGUCGAGAACGGUCACGCUCCCCUUAUGGUCGGAGGCCUGAUGAUUCGUAUGGGAGAAACAGAGACAGAGGCCGUUGGAGUUAAGGGGCUGUACGGGAUCAAAUUCAGAGUUUGGUUUCCUUUCAGUUUGCCAUUGUAGGGAAUUACUGAUCAGUGACGUCUUUGUGAAUGCACAAAAAUGGUUGGUUUUUGGUUUUCCCUUCCAUCUGAAUUGCUUCGUAAUGUACUAAACACAUAAUUCGUGUCUGCUAAAAUAGAAUGCUAUCCAGUCGUGUCUGGAAUUAUUUUAUGCUGGGAGCCAUAAUUCCAUUCUUUUUUUUUUUUUUUUAACAAUCCACAAGUAGGCUAUAUGAGAGAGGCAGGCAUGGAUUAGUUUGAUGUUAUUGGUAAUCUUAAAACACAAUUCAAAUGGUAAAGUUGGCAUG